UUUAGAUAAUUUAUUUAUUCUUUUGACGUCCAAGUCUACCUUGACAAUAAAUAAGUCCUUCGAUAACAAGAAUAUGAAGACAGACAGUCAAGGUUCCAAGACACUUCAGUUUGUUGCUGCUAUUACAGCGAAUUUAUGUGUGAUGGGAGGCGGUGCGAUAAUGGUUUGGUCGAGUCCAAUUUUGCUGAUGCUCCAAAGUGAUCCAGUGGAAGAAGAAAACCCGCUUGAUCGACCAAUUACUGACGAAGAAGCGUCAUGGAUUGGAGCAUUGUCUCCGAUGGGUACUCUGGUGGGAUGUCUCUUCCCAGGAUACUUGGCUGAGAAGUUGGGAAGACGAACCAUUUUAUUGUCUAGCAUAAUACCUAUGGCAGUAAGUUGGGUGCUUAUUUUCACAGGGAAAAGUAUUGAACUCUUGUAUGCGGCCAGAUUUAUUGGAGGUCUAGCGGUUGCUAUAUCAUUUGGAGUAAUACCAGUUUACUGCGGCGAAAUCGCGGAAACUUCAAUCCGAGGAAUACUCGGUUCAUUUUUCCAAAUAUUCAUUACCUUCGGUCAACUGUGGGCUUACAGUAUUGGUCCGUUUGUCUCGUACAUGAAUUAUUGUAUCGCUUGUGCUGUCUUGCCAAUUGCUUUCUUCAUCUCCUUCUACCCAAUGCCCGAGUCGCCGUACUACUUGGCGGCAAAAAGUCGCAAGGAAGAUGUCAUCAGAGUGUUGAUGAGGCUAAGAGGAAAAAAAAGAGAAGAAGUUGAAACGGAAGCUAAUGAAAUCGAGGUUUCCGUUCAAGAAGCUUACAGCAAACAAGUAACAAUAUUGGAUUUGUUUAAAGUAAAAGCCAAUUUAAAAGCGCUAAUUGCUACGUGCGCACUGAUUAUUUUUCAACAGAUGAGCGGAAUUACAGUUAUUGUUCUUUACUCGGAGCUUAUCUUUUCAAGCGCUGGAGAAUUUGGCUUAAGUUCAUCCGUUCAGUCAAUUAUUGUAAGACUGGUUCAAUUUCUGGGCACCUGUGUCAACCCUUUGGUUGUUGACAGACUGGGACGCAAAAUCCUAUUAAUUAUAUCCAGCUCAGGCGCCGGUUUGAGUCUGGGAAUUCUUGGAGUGUUUUUUUACCUGAAAGAUGCUGCUGGAACUCAAGUCAGUCAUGUCGGCUGGUUACCAAUAUUUUCCUUGGUUACUUUCAUGACAACCUACAGCAUCGGAUUGGGUCCUCUUCCUUGGACAAUAAUGGGCGAAAUGUUUUCCCAUGAAGUUAAGUCUAAAGCAUCAACAAUUAUUGUUUUUACAUGUUGCUUUUUAGCGUUUAUUAGUAGUAAAUACUUUAUUAAUAUGGCAAUAACUUUUGGUCAAUAUACCGCAAUGUGGUUCUUUGGAUUUUUUUGCAUCUUAAGCUUAUUAUUUGUCGUAUUAUUUCUUCCCGAAACUAAAGGGAAGUCAUUACAGGAGAUUCAAGACGAACUUAAUGGAAAAGCGCGUAAAUUAAUUAUUUAUUCCACAAUGACUCAACACGAUGAGCUAAUUAAUAUGACCAGAAAAGUGUCAGUUGUUGGCAGUAACAGAUCAAUAAAGCAUGAAAAAGGGUCCAAGUCACUGCAAGUUUUCGCUGCAAUGGCAGCCAGCAUUUGUGUAAUGGCUGCCGGGACAGUGAUGGCCUGGACAACGCCUCUUUUAUUGAUGCUCGAAGAAGAUCCAGUGAGUAAAAACAAUCCCUUGGGCCGGCCGCUCACUAAAACAGAAACUUCCUGGCUUGUAUCGUUGCCUAACGUAGGAACAUUAUGCAGCUGUUUCUUCCCAGGAUACAUUGCUGACAAGUGGGGAAGAAAAACAGUAUUAUUAUCAACGGUAAUUCCAUCACUAUUAAGCUGGACGCUUCUUGCUACUGGAAAGAGCAUAGAAGUCUGGUACGCAGCGAGGUUCAUCUCAGGUUUUAGCGUUUCUGUUCCCUUUGCAUUGCUCUCCAUGUACUGCGGUGAAAUUGCAGAACCGGCUAUUAGAGGAAUUCUCGGUUCGUUUUUUGAGAUAUUUAUCACCGCUGGCCCAGUUUGGGCAUUCAGUAUUGGCCCGUUUGUGUCUUAUACCAAUUAUUGUAUAAUUUGCGCUGCAUUGCCCGUUCUUUUCUUCAUUCUCUUCUUUGCAAUGCCAGAAUCUCCGUAUUAUUUAGCGGCUAAAGGCCGGAAGGAAGAUUUGAUCAAAGUUCUGGCGAGGCUGAGAGGCAAAAGUAGAGAAGCUGUUGAAAAAGAAGCUGAUGAAAUUGAGGCGACUGUUCAAGAGAUUUACAGCAAAGAAACUAAUCUGAUGGAUUUGAUUAGAGUCAAGGCUAAUUUCAAAGCACUUGUCUUGACAUGUUUGCUGAUAAUUUUCCAACAACUCAGUGGAAUUGUCGUCGUACUUUUUUAUUCGGAAGUUAUUUUUGAAAGUGCUGGAAAGUUUAGCUUGAGCACGUCUACUCAAACGAUUUUGGUUUCACUAGUUCAAUGCUCUGGUUCUUGUUUCAAUCCUCUUGUUGUUGACAGACUUGGUCGUAGAAUCUUGCUAGUUAUUUCUAGUGCUGGAGCUGCGAUAUGUCUUGGACUUCUUGGAUUGUUCUUUUACCUAAAAGACGCAGCAAAAAGUGAUGUAAGUAAUUUGGGUUGGCUGCCGAUAUUUUCAAUGCUUGCAUACAUGGCCAGUUACAGCGUCGGCUUAGGACCUCUUUCUUGGACAAUAAUGGGCGAAAUGUUCUCUCAAGAAAUAAAAGCCAAAGCAUCCUCAAUAUUUGUUUUUAUAUGUACUAUUUUUAUAUUUAUUAUAAGUAGAUACUUUGUUAAUGUCACAUCAGCAUUUGGAUCCUACACUGCCUUUUGGAUUUUUGCAGUAUGUUGUUUAGUCUGCAUUUUAUUCACUAUAUUCUUCUUGCCUGAAACUAAGGGCAAAACAUUCCCACAAAUUCAAGCAGAACUCAAUGGAAGACGUCGCUAAUUGUACUUAUUAAAUUUUAAUAAAUUUUUAUUUAUUAUA